UUUUAUUCGUAUUCUCUGCGAGCGAAGCUAUUGGACAUUCUUCCCUCUGGUCGGCCCGACGAAAGCCCGGAAUUCGUGCAACGUACUACAUUGCUGCCUUUAUCCGAUCUUUAAAACAUCAAUAGAUCCAAUUGAUCCCAAUUCUGCCUGUUAUAUUGUACUGGUAUCUUACUACUUUAUCAUUACUCUUCGGAUCUCUUUAGACUGGCGCUUUCAUAAUAACACCAACCAACCGUGAGCAUGGCCUCAAAGUACUACCUGCCGCUCGCGCUUUUCCUCUUUUCCGCCUAUGCCGGGUUCGCCAUCUUCGCUUUUUCAGACAGAAAUGGCACUCUUAAGCUCGUCGAGCAUUUCGGAACAAGCAAGGUCCUGCCGGGCUCCGGCGAACCUUUGAAAACCAGCUUUACGGGAAUUGAGCCCAUCGACCGCCUAUUAGCUACUUUAACAGUCUUCUUUAUCCCUGUUGUUGAUGGAAGCAACCCCUCACUUCUGCUGCACUCGGUUAAUUUCACUGGAGCUUUCGGCUCGGCCUGGGUUUUGGUUGUCUUAGAAGCAUGGAGAAAAGGCAACUCGGGGAAACUCUUUUCUUUCCCCUCGAUCUUUGGUAUUGGCGCUCAAGUGGCAACUUUUGCUGUGUCUACCCCUCUAUAUCUGGGUCUGCAACUCCUGGGAUCUAAUACAUCAUUCCAGCCCACAGCAAAGAACAUUGCGAUUCCAAGUGCAGUGGUAAAAUCGAUCCCAUUGAUCUUCGUUCUCGCUUAUCAAGUGCCCAGCUUAGCUAUGCUAAUCCCUGCUCCUGGGACAAUCACAUUCGACCAGAAGCAGCUUCUUAUUGCACUCUGGCAGCCUUGGCCAGUAUACGUUUCUAUCCUCACCACUGUGGUCUCGCUAGUGUGCACUAGUUCUGGAAGCGACAGCUCGCCCUCCCAGCUACGGAAGUCUCUUCGAACAGUCUACACUUUUGCUCUUGCCAACGCUUCUCUUAACCAUGUUAUUACAUGGACCAUUUCUCUGACAUCAGUCGUCAAGCCUGAAUUCUUCAGCGAGAAAUACUUGUCGUUAUUGCACCCAAGCCAGGUCUUUGGACCUUACAACCCCUUCGCAAAUGCCGACCUGCAGGUCCAGGAUAUUGGCCAAGGUGUUCAUAUUUUCUUGCAAUGGGACUUCCUUGCUGGUACAUUCGGCGUUCUCUUCUGGGCAGCGAGCGUGAACGCGCUAGCCCGUAGCAAAGUUCAAGGAAAGAUUGGCUGGAUCGGCUUCCUUUUCAAAAUCGCCAAUUUCUUGCUCCUGACUGGACCAGUUGGUACCGCAGUGCAGUUGGUCUGGGAAAGGGAUGAGUUGGUCCUGGAGGACGAAAUCAUCAAGAGUGCAGCUAAGAAGAGCCUGUGAUCGAUGACUUCUUCCAUUAUGUCUUCUUCACAAAUGAACAGUCAUCUGUUUUAAGGGGAAUAAUUGAGUUCUGCAAUAUGCUUUUUCUAGUAUUCUGGCUUUUUGCCUUUUUCAGAGCUAUUUCACACCUCGAACUGUCUAUGGAGACUAAUCCCAAGCUGUGAAGAUGUUACGCAGCCAGAACUUAUGUAUGAACUAAUUGAUCAGCGCAAGUCAGAAUGGCUGAAGUAUGAUCAUUACUUCCUUCAGUGCUUAAAUUACUUCAACCGGUUAGUUACUGUAAUUUAGCUUCCACAAUCAGCAGGGUUGUAAAAUUCUCGGCAAAGUCGUUCUGUAUUCCAAACUCCUUUCAACUAAUACUUAG